GCGUUGCCAGGCCAAGGCUAUGGCGGUGCUGCCCCUACUCCCCCCUCCUCACCCCUUCUCUGCGGCCGACGUAUGAUGCCUUCAUGCCCAAGCGAUGGUCUCCCCCUAUAAGAGCCCACCUUCGUUGUCUUCUUCUAGUUUAGGAACUCGAAGGAGCUCCCCCUCCUUAAUGUAGGGAGCGGUAGCCCUGUUCUUCAGAAACCCUCUUUGGUCGCAUAGGAUUUCGGCUUUCCUCACGGACUUAAGCUUAAAGAGGUUUACACCGCAAGGUGGGAUCUUCUUCAAGAAGAACGUUAUCGAGAAAUUGAAGCGAAGCAUUUUGUUUUGCAUAGUUUAUUCGAAGAACGAGGUUUUAAAAAGUUGGUGCGGAGCUGAGGGGGACGCUGUCAUGAUGGAUCCUCAGGCGCCACCUACGGCUCCACAGCAAACGGCUGCUUCAGCUGCAGCUGAUGCCGAGGCGCAUUUGGAAGAGAAGGCUAGGAAGUGGCAUCAAUUGAAUAGCAAGCGGUAUGGGGAGAAGCGGAAGUUUGGUUUUGUUGAGACGCAAAAAGAAGACAUGCCUCCCGAGCAUGUUCGCAAAAUUAUCAGGAGCUGGUCGUUUCUUCAAUUCUUCAUCAUUUGCCUAUUUGAUACUUUGGAGAGGCGUUGUUUGUUAUUUUGGGACCAUGGUGACAUGUCCUCGAAGAAGUAUCGCCAUGAUAAGCGGGUAUAUCUAGGGGCCUUGAAGUUCGUGCCUCAUGCUGUGUAUAAGCUGUUGGAGAACAUGCCAAUGCCAUGGGAGCAGGUUCGAGAUGUGAGGGUGCUCUAUCAUAUCACUGGUGCUAUAACAUUUGUUGACGAGAUCCCGUGGGUGGUUGAGCCUAUUUUCCUAGCUCAGUGGGGUACUAUGUGGAUCAUGAUGAGACGAGAGAAAAGAGACAGACGUCAUUUCAAGCGUAUGCGUUUUCCCCCUUUCGAUGAUGAGGAGCCCCCCUUGGAUUAUGCCGACAACCUGUUGGAUGUUGACCCGUUGGAACCUAUUCAGCUAGAGCUUGACGAAGAAGAAGACGCUGCUGUGUAUGAGUGGUUCUAUGAUUAUAAACCUCUCGUUAAGACGAAGCUAAUCAAUGGACCCAGUUACAGGCGCUGGCAUCUUUCGUUGCCUAUCAUGGCCGCUCUUCACCGUCUUGCUGGGCAGUUGCUGAGUGAUUUGAUUGAUAGAAACUAUUUCUAUCUUUUUGAUAUGGAAUCGUUUUUCACCGCCAAAGCACUCAACCUUUGUAUUCCAGGAGGUCCCAAGUUUGAGCCUUUAUACCGGGAUAUGGAGAAGGGAGACGAAGAUUGGAACGAGUUUAAUGACAUCAACAAGCUCAUUAUUCGCUCUCCAUUGCGUACGGAAUACAGGAUUGCGUUUCCGCAUUUGUAUAAUAAUCGUCCUCGCAAAGUGAAGCUUUGCGUGUAUCACACUCCCAUGGUUAUGUACAUCAAGUCAGAAGAUCCAGAUUUGCCAGCCUUUUAUUUUGAUCCUUUGAUCCAUCCAAUUGCUUUUUACAAAACGGACAAGCGUGGUGAGAAGAAGGGAUUUCAGGAAGAAGAAGAUGAAGAUGACUUCGUUUUGCCAGAAGGUGUUGAGCCUUUGCUUCAGGAUGUACCACAGUACACUGACACAACGGCUGCCGGAAUUGCUUUGUUGUUUGCUCCCCGCCCCUUUAAUAUGCGGUCAGGUCGGAUGAGACGCGCGGAGGAUAUCCCUCUGGUCUCUGAUUGGUACAAGGAGCACUGUCCUCCAACCUAUCCAGUGAAGGUUCGUGUGAGUUAUCAGAAGCUUUUGAAGUGUUAUGUGCUGAAUGAGCUGCAUCAUCGGCCACCAAAGGGCCAGAAGAAGAAAUAUUUGUUCCGCUCAUUGCGUGCAACGAAGUUCUUCCAGACAACAGAACUGGACUGGGCUGAAGCAGGUUUACAGGUAUGCAAGCAAGGAUACAAUAUGUUGAAUCUUCUGAUUCACAGAAAGAACCUAAAUUAUCUACAUUUGGAUUACAACUUCAAUCUCAAACCUGUGAAGACUCUUACUACUAAAGAGAGGAAAAAGUCUCGAUUUGGGAAUGCUUUUCAUCUUUGUCGAGAGAUUUUACGACUCACUAAGCUGGUUGUGGACGCAAACAUCCAAUUUCGGCUCGGGAAUGUUGAUGCUUACCAACUUGCAGAUGGUCUACAAUAUACAUUCUCACAUGUUGGUCAACUGACCGGCAUGUAUCGUUACAAAUAUAGGCUUAUGAGGCAGAUCCGAAUGUGCAAAGAUUUAAAGCAUUUGAUCUAUUAUCGGUUCAACACCGGUCCCGUUGGAAAGGGUCCUGGCUGCGGAUUUUGGGCACCUAUGUGGCGUGUGUGGUUGUUCUUCCUUCGAGGGGUUGUUCCUCUAUUGGAAAGAUGGUUGGGCAAUCUUCUUGCACGACAAUUUGAGGGUCGUCACUCUAAGGGAGUUGCCAAGACUGUCACCAAGCAGCGGGUGGAGAGUCACUUUGAUUUGGAGCUCAGGGCAGCAGUCAUGCAUGAUGUCCUUGAUGCCAUGCCAGAAGGUAUCAAGCAGAAUAAGGCCCGUACCAUUCUUCAGCAUCUGAGUGAAGCUUGGCGUUGCUGGAAGGCUAAUAUUCCAUGGAAAGUCCCUGGGCUUCCAGUGCCAAUUGAGAACAUGAUUUUGCGGUAUGUGAAGUCGAAGGCUGAUUGGUGGACUAAUGUCGCUCAUUACAAUCGGGAGCGUAUUCGGCGGGGUGCCACAGUAGAUAAAACCGUUUGCCGGAAGAAUCUUGGGCGUCUAACUCGUCUUUGGCUGAAGGCAGAACAAGAACGUCAGCACAAUUAUCUGAAGGAUGGGCCUUAUGUCACUCCCGAGGAAGCUGUGGCUAUUUACACCACAACGGUACAUUGGUUGGAAUCUCGCAAGUUUUCACCCAUUCCUUUUCCUCCCCUCUCAUACAAGCAUGACACCAAGCUUCUCAUCCUUGCCUUGGAGCGUCUUAAGGAGUCGUAUAGUGUGGCAGUCCGUCUAAAUCAGCAGCAAAGAGAGGAGCUUGGGCUAAUUGAGCAAGCUUAUGAUAACCCACACGAGGCAUUAUCUCGUAUCAAGCGGCAUUUGCUUACACAAAGAGCCUUCAAGGAGGUCGGAAUCGAGUUCAUGGAUCUCUACAGCCAUCUUAUUCCUGUAUAUGAGAUCGAACCUUUGGAGAAGAUCACUGACGCUUAUCUUGAUCAGUAUUUAUGGUAUGAAGGAGACAAGAGACAUUUGUUCCCUAAUUGGAUCAAGCCUGCUGACUCGGAACCUCCUCCAUUACUUGUCUACAAGUGGUGUCAAGGUAUCAACAAUCUGCAGGAUAUAUGGGACACCAGUGAAGGACAAUGUGUUGUUAUGCUGCAGACUAAGUUCGAAAAGUUCUUCGACAAAAUUGAUUUGACCAUGCUGAAUAGGCUUCUACGAUUGGUUCUUGAUCAUAACAUUGCUGACUAUGUGACUGCAAAGAACAACGUUGUUCUAUCCUACAAAGAUAUGAGUCACACGAAUUCUUAUGGGCUGCUUCAGGGGCUUCAGUUUGCAUCAUUUGUAGUCCAGUAUUAUGGGCUGGUGCUUGACUUACUGGUUUUGGGUCUUACACGUGCUAGUGAAAUAGCGGGACCUCCGCAAAUGCCGAAUGAGUUUAUCACUUUCUGGGAUGUGAAGGUGGAGACUCGUCAUCCCAUCCGCCUCUACUCACGGUAUAUCGACAAGGUUCACAUACUCUUCCGUUUCACUCACGAAGAAGCCAGGGAUCUCAUUCAACGUUAUCUGACAGAGCAUCCAGAUCCCAACAAUGAAAACAUUGUAGGUUACAACAACAAGAAGUGUUGGCCUAGGGAUGCUCGUAUGCGGCUCAUGAAGCACGAUGUUAAUCUCGGAAGAAGUGUAUUCUGGGAUAUAAAGAACCGACUUCCUCGGAGCAUAACCACUUUGGAGUGGGAGAAUUCGUUUGUUUCCGUUUACAGCAAGGAUAACCCGAAUCUGCUGUUCAGCAUGUGUGGGUUUGAAGUACGCAUUUUACCAAAAAUCCGUAUGACUCAAGAAGCUUUCGGCAGCAAGGAUGGAGUAUGGAACUUGCAGAACGAGCAAACCAAGGAGCGGACUGCUAUGGCUUAUCUUCGAGUGGACGAUGAACACCUGAAAGUCUUUGAGAAUCGUGUCCGGCAGAUUCUUAUGUCAUCUGGUUCUACGACUUUCACUAAAAUUGUAAACAAGUGGAACACUGCCCUCAUUGGUUUAAUGACCUAUUUCAGGGAAGCGACAGUUCAUACUCAAGAGCUUCUUGAUCUUCUGGUAAAGUGUGAAAACAAGAUACAGACUCGUAUCAAAAUUGGACUGAAUUCCAAAAUGCCCAGUAGGUUCCCUCCUGUGAUUUUUUAUACGCCCAAGGAGAUUGGUGGUCUUGGUAUGCUGUCAAUGGGACAUAUUUUAAUUCCCCAGAGUGACUUGAGAUACAGUCAGCAGACAGACGUCGGAGUUACUCACUUCCGAAGUGGUAUGAGUCAUGAAGAUGAGCAACUGAUUCCCAAUCUUUACCGCUAUAUUCAGCCGUGGGAAAGUGAGUUCAUUGACUCACAGCGUGUGUGGGCAGAGUAUGCUCUGAAGAGACAGGAAGCUCAGGCUCAGAACAGGAGGUUGACUUUGGAGGAUCUUGAAGAUUCUUGGGACAGGGGUAUACCUCGUAUUAACACGUUGUUUCAGAAGGACCGUCAUACUCUGGCCUAUGACAAGGGUUGGCGUGUGCGUACUGACUUCAAGCAAUACCAAGUAUUGAAGCAGAAUCCUUUCUGGUGGACUCAUCAGCGGCACGAUGGUAAGUUGUGGAACUUAAACAAUUACCGUACUGAUGUUAUCCAGGCUCUUGGAGGAGUGGAAGGUAUUUUGGAGCAUACUCUGUUCAAGGGGACAUAUUUCCCUACAUGGGAAGGUCUUUUUUGGGAAAAGGCAUCAGGUUUUGAGGAAUCCAUGAAAUAUAAGAAGCUAACAAACGCUCAGCGUUCUGGUUUGAACCAAAUUCCAAACCGUCGUUUUACACUUUGGUGGUCCCCGACCAUUAAUCGAGCCAAUGUGUAUGUUGGUUUCCAAGUGCAGCUUGAUCUUACAGGUAUUUUCAUGCAUGGGAAGAUUCCUACUCUGAAGAUUUCUCUCAUUCAGAUCUUUAGAGCGCAUUUGUGGCAGAAGGUGCACGAGAGUGUGGUAAUGGACCUUUGCCAGGUCCUCGACCAGGAGCUUGAUGCUUUGGAGAUCGAAACAGUACAAAAGGAAACUAUUCAUCCGCGUAAGAGUUACAAGAUGAACAGUUCUUGUGCUGAUAUUCUUUUGUUUGCUGCUUACAAGUGGCCUAUGAGCAAGCCAAGUCUCGUUGCAGAACCGAAGGAUGUUUUUGACCAGAAAGCAAGCAACAAAUACUGGAUCGAUGUGCAAUUACGGUGGGGUGACUAUGAUUCUCAUGAUAUCGAACGGUAUACCCGGGCUAAAUUCUUGGAUUAUACUACUGAUAACAUGUCAAUAUAUCCGGCUCCUACAGGGGUGAUGAUCGGGCUGGACUUGGCGUACAAUCUGCACGCUGCGUUUGGAAAUUGGUUUCCUGGUUCCAAGCCGCUAUUUGCUCAGGCUAUCAACAAGAUUAUGAAGGCUAAUCCAGCACUCUAUGUGUUGAGGGAGCGUGUAAGAAAAGGAUUGCAGUUGUAUUCAUCUGAGCCCACUGAGCCUUAUUUGUCAUCCCAGAAUUACGGAGAACUUUUCAGCAACCAGAUCAUCUGGUUUGUUGAUGAUACUAAUGUCUAUCGAGUAACCAUUCACAAGACAUUUGAAGGAAAUUUAACCACGAAGCCCAUCAACGGUGCCAUUUUCAUCUUCAACCCAAGAACAGGGCAGCUGUUUUUGAAGGUCAUUCAUACCAGCGUUUGGGCAGGACAGAAACGUCUGGGACAAUUAGCUAAGUGGAAGACUGCUGAAGAAGUGGCUGCCUUGGUACGUUCUCUGCCAGUCGAAGAACAACCCAAGCAGAUUAUUGUGACACGGAAGGGAAUGCUUGAUCCUCUGGAGGUUCAUCUUCUUGAUUUCCCGAAUAUCGUCAUCAAGGGUAGUGAGUUGCAGUUGCCAUUCCAAGCUUGUUUGAAGAUUGAGAAGUUUGGCGAUUUGAUAUUGAAAGCAACGGAGCCACAAAUGGUUUUGUUCAACAUCUAUGAUGACUGGCUGAAGACCAUUUCGUCUUAUACUGCGUUCUCGAGGCUCAUCCUAAUUCUUAGGGCUCUUCAUGUUAACAAUGAAAAGGCUAAGAUGUUACUGAAGCCUGACAAGACAGUAGUGACAGAGCCACACCACAUUUGGCCUAAUCUCAGUGAUGAUCAGUGGAUGAAGGUCGAAGUUGCUUUGAGGGAUCUAAUAUUGUCGGACUAUGCGAAGAAGAACAACGUUAAUACAUCCGCGUUGACACAGUCGGAGAUUCGGGACAUUAUCUUGGGCGCUGAGAUUACUCCUCCUUCGCAACAACGGCAACAGAUUGCAGAAAUUGAGAAGCAGGCGAAGGAGGCUAGUCAAUUGACUGCAGUUACAACAAAGACAACGAAUGUUCACGGAGACGAUUUGAUUGUAACAACAACCAGUCCGUAUGAACAAGCUGCUUUUGGUUCCAAGACGGAUUGGAGGGUGAGAGCUAUUUCUGCUACCAAUCUCCAUCUGCGUGUCAACCACAUUUAUGUGAACUCGGAUGAUAUCAAAGAGUCGGGAUAUACGUACAUUAUGCCGAAGAACGUUUUGAAGAAGUUUAUUUGUAUCGCCGAUUUGAGGACACAAAUCGCGGGGUAUCUGUAUGGAGUGAGUCCUCCUGAUAAUCCGCAGGUGAAAGAGAUUCGGUGCAUUGUGAUGCCGCCUCAGUGGGGUACACAUCAACAGGUUCACCUCCCUGCUAAUCUGCCUGAACAUGAGUUCUUGAAUGAGCUUGAGCCUCUUGGUUGGCUUCAUACUCAACCGAACGAGCUCCCGCAGCUCUCACCUCAGGACUUGACAAGUCAUGCCCGCGUGCUGGAGAAUAACAAGCAAUGGGAUGGUGAAAAGUGCAUCAUUCUAACUUGCAGCUUUACUCCUGGUUCGUGCUCAUUGACAGCUUACAAGCUUACACCCACUGGUUAUGAAUGGGGUCGGGCUAAUAAGGACAGUGGUAGCAACCCCCAUGGUUACUUACCCACUCAUUACGAGAAAGUACAGAUGCUUUUGAGUGACCGAUUCCUUGGCUUCUACAUGGUUCCAGAUAACGGUCCAUGGAAUUACAAUUUCAUGGGUGUGAAACACUCCGUCGGCAUGAAGUAUGGAAUUAAACUUUCGAUUCCAAGAGAAUUUUAUCAUGAAGAUCAUAGGCCAACGCACUUUUUGGAGUUCAGCAAUUUGGAGGACAAUGAUGCUGCAGAGGGAGAUCGUGAAGACGUGUUUACUUAGAACAGUUUCAGUAGUUUCCGACGUCUCAUUUCAUCUCGGGGUUUUGUCCUAGUACAGCAAGCUGCUUUCGUAUAAUACAGACACUUGCUUUUCUUAGUCGAGCGAAAGAUGAGUCAGUUAAGAAGUAACUGUGCAUCUCUGUAGGAUCUUGAUGAAUCUUCUCUGCUGCGUGAUUUUUCAGGCGAGUUCUGUGAACCAGAUUUGUUGAUACAAGUUUACCACAUUUAAGCUCAGUGCUUGGAUGUGUAGUUAUCGCAAUUGAGAUCCAUUCAGCAUCCUGAACACGGGAAUAGACGAUUUUGUUGGGACAGGUCAGGGCAAUGGAAACUAAGCAUAGAUGUUCGCACUUUUGUAAAGAUAGUAACGAAGAAUUUUCCUUCCCUACCGCCAUCGCUAAUCAGAAAACAAGGCUAAAUGUGCAGUUUACACUUGAUUGAAUGUUUACUGUACAGAAUUAUAUUGUAAUGGAUGAGAAACAGUUAUCAUAUUUACUAUUUGGAUAUAAUAUCAUGUUUAAAAUUGAACUUUU